AUGAGCUACAGCAGAGGAGUCUUAAUGUACAACUUCAACGAGGACCGCUUUGGCGAGGAUCUGCAGAACAAGCCUAAGGUUGAGGAUGCGCCCAAGAUGAGCGUUUCUCACACUGUCCACAACUGGAAAACCCCUUCUGCCGGCAAAGCCGAGAAUCCUUCCCCUGGUUUGGAUAGGCAUGUUCUGUUCGGGCAUACUGGCGACAUGCGAGAUCCGCAUACGAACCUGCAGAAGGUAGACUUCAUGACAACGAACCAGUAUUUCCAGCAGGAGUUUGCCAAAGCACGUCGAUAA